UACAGUCCUUUGUAGGAACUACUUAUUUCUACAUCAUUGGUGAUCAAACCUUUGAGAACAUCACUGAAAAUAAAAGAAAGCAGGGCUUUCAGUUUUCUUGGGUUGGAAUUUGAAGGGCAGUAUAAGUAUCCCAAGCCUCAGUACUUCUCCAUUAUUUCCUACCAUUUGAAUUUGAUCUUUAAAUUCUCUUAAGGAAGAUAGAUGGCCACUAACUCACCACCGGAGAAGAAAGAGCUGGAUUUUUUUGAUUCUGGUUCUGAGUAUACAAGAAGAAAACGUAUAGUAUUCACUGAAGAACAACUACAUAUUCUUGAGUUCUAUUUUCAAAAUAAUCAAUAUCCUGGAAUUGACGAAAGAAAGAAACUUUCAAAGCUUAUCAAUGUUCCUGAGGAUAGUCUACGUGUGUGGUUUCAAAAUAGGAGAGCUAAAGUAGCUGCACACACACAUAAAAAAAGGCUAGCCUUUAAGACUUCUACCAGCUUAAGAUCAAAAUGCCCAGAAGAUGUAUCUCGAGAUCCAAGUCUGGAAGAGGAUUUCUCUGAGCAAAAAUUUUCAACACCCAGUAAAUCCACCUGCCCAUUUUGGGCAGGUGAUUCUAGUCAGGAACUUGACCCAAGGAGUGGCUGCUCCUUUGAGAGAAGUACAAUGUGUUCAACCACUGAGGCUGCUUAUUUGUAUGGAUAUGGCCUUUCCCAAAGCCAUCCUUCUGUCUCCUCCCAAACCAUGGGAUCAUCAAUUGAUCUUCAAUCUUGUGCCCUUUCCAGGCCAAUGUCCCAUGGAAGCUCCAACCAGUGGACAUCUUCAUUGGCCCUGCAAGGUACCCAAAGGCCAGAGAACAGGCCAAAUAACACACAUAGCUCCCUUUAUGGAGGACUACAGCCACCACUGCAUAUGCAGAAGCAAGACUUAUACCCAAACGAUCACUCAAUGCCUUAUUGGUGUACACAGGAGUCCCCAUAUCAGUUGCAACAGCCACUUUCCCAACAGCCCUACCCCCAACAGCCCUACCCCCAACAGCUUCCCUCCCAACAGCCCUACCCCCAACAGCUUCCCUCCCAACAGCUUCCCUCCCAACAGCUUCCCUCCCAACAGCUUCCCUCCCAACAGCUUCCCUCCCAACAGCCUCUCCCCAGCAACCUCCCCCCCACAGCAGCCAGCAGCCCUGCAGCCCUUGAUGUCCCAGGCCCCUGACUUUUCAGGUACAACAGCUGACCUUAUGUCAACAUUACUCACAGAAGCAUCAAGACCAAACACUGCCUCUGUUGGGAACCGCAGUCAUGUGAAUUCCCUGCUUUGAACCAACAAGAUCUUCAUUGCAUGGGUGGAUCUAAGAAAAUUCAUUGGGCUUAGAUUCACAUUUUUUUCUUCCUGAAAUUACCUACCUGCUUCCCUCCCUUCCUCCCCUCCAAUAUUAUUUCCACAGGAACAUCAGGUUGACCAGAAAUAGAUCUGGCUAUUUUUCUUCCCUUCUUCCUCUUCACCUCCCUCACAAAAAAAAUCUGGUUGUCUUCUAGGAACAGCUAUGUGCCCUUCUGAGACAUUUGGCUGGACAGCUAGCUGACACCAGAGACAAUCUAAUUGACAUCCUGGGAGAUCUGAGAUACUAAAUACCAGGUCCAAGAAUUUCAGGUUUCUAGAUGUCUGAUUCUCUAAGUUAAAUGACAUUCUCAGUAAUGUGAGGAAUAUGGAUCUUGAAUUAUUUGAAGAAUAUGAAUACCGUGGUGUGACAGGCACUAAUAAAAUCCUUCAUCUUGCUUUGUCAGUGUAGCCAAAAGGACUCCCUAUGUGACUUGUUCAACAAAGCAAAGUUAUAGAUGGAGAAAGAAUAUUAGAGGCUAGAUCAGAGGAGUUCACAAUCUAAGGUAAAGGGACACAAGGAACUUUACCUGAUUGAAGAGCAACUUUCAUCAUGGCCCAUAAAGCAAGCUAAGCAGAAUGUACUUUGACUGCAGUGUCUUUUUUGCUUUUGUAUCUAUAAAUCCUUAGACCAUGAUAUAAUAGACUUCUAAUAAAUCUUUGUAAUCUUAAGUUGAA